CGCCGCCGCCGCCGCCGCCUGCCCAGCGGCCCGGGAGGCGGAGGCGCGGGGGAGGAGGCCCCGCUUGGCUCCGCAGCCCCGGAUGCUGCAUGACUUCAUCCUUCCGCCGGCUACCCUGCUGAGCUAGGGCCGGUCCGGCAGCUAGCCCGCCGCCCGCGCCCCGCUGCAGUCCCGCGCCCGCCCCGCGCCCGCCCCGCGCCCGCCAUGUCCGAGAUCCUGCCCUACAGUGAGGACAAGAUGGGCCGCUUCGCCGCCGACCCCGAGGGCUCCGACCUCUCGUUCAGCUGCCGCCUGCAGGACACCAACUCCUUCUUCGCGGGCAAUCAAGCCAAGCGACCCCCCAAGCUGGGCCAAAUCGGCCGAGCCAAGAGAGUGGUGAUCGAGGAUGACCGGAUAGACGACGUGCUGAAGGGGAUGGGGGAGAAGCCGCCGUCCGGAGUGUAGACGCGCCGGCUCGGGCGGCGGGCUCCGGGCCCAGCCCCGCAGCGGCCAGGA